GUCCCACUGUGGGCCAGCAGCUUGGGUCCAACUUCCUGGUUCAGGGUUUGAAGUCAAGAAGUGGUGGCUGGAGGCUUGGAACUUGGGGUCUGCGUCUGGGUUUGGUCAGAGUCCGGAGUCGGAGGCUCGGUCUUGAAGUCUGAUUGUCAUUGGGUGUUGGAAACAAUACCACUGUUAAGGAACGUUAAUACGAUAUUUUGGACUCUAAAGUCCUAUUUUAAAGUCUCAAACUCUCAGUACACUCAUAUUUAAGUUCGUACUUAAGAUGUUUUGAGAGUAGUUUACCUUCCCUAUCAGCUAUCAAUUUGGGACAGCAAUAGAACAAAGGUGCAAGGAACAAAUGACUGUCGAAUUUAAGUGUUAUGACCGAAAAUUGGGUUCAGAUGACAAUAAGAAAAACUCAGUUCUUGGGAGGGUUAUAAAUAACUCCAUUCUGAAUCAAAUCUCCCUCAGUUAUUGGGACUGUUAUUUUUUGUUUUGUUUUAAAUCAUGUCAUAGAAGAUGGUCAAAUUCUUGUGAAAUUUAAAUAUAUCCGUAGGUUGUCAUUGUUCCAUUCCAUAUUUUCCAUUUGAUAAUCAAUUUGCAUAAUAACUUCUCUAGUUUCUUAUCUCAUGUUGCAGAUGGGCGUGGCUAUAUAUCCACUAAAGGCCAAGACAAAAGUGUGUCCUAUUUGCAGAGGUAUUGGGAGAGUUACAAUUCCUCCGUUCACAUCAACAUGCAGUACUUGUAAAGGGUCAGGCCAAAUAAUCAAGGAACAUUGUAUGUCAUGUGGAGGAUUAGGGAUAGUUGAAGGUGCAAGAGAAGUUGAAGUUACCAUCCCAGCAGGUGUGGAUUCUGGAGAUACAAUCCGCGUACCAGAGGCUGGGAAUAGUGGGCCACGGGGAAGUCAGCCAGGGUGGUUAUACAUUAGUCUUUCUCUAUACAUUAAGCUAAAGGUUGCUGAAGAUCCUGUUUUUGCUAGAGAUGGUGCAGAUGUUUUUGUGGACUCUAAUAUCAGCUUUACUCAAGUGAGACUGAUUUCUUGCAUGUACAUGACUUAUAGUUACCUUGAUUCCAUAUGA